UGACGCCAAAAUCUCGCGAUACUUCACAAGGAGGGGCGUGUCACAUUCCACGAGAGGAGAGAGAGAUAGAGAGAGUGGGAUAGAGGGGCGCUGUGUUAUAUUGCAAAGCCUUUGUAAAGAUGGGGGACGACAAGCCUUUUGUGUGCAAUGCUCCUGGCUGUGGGCAGAGGUUUACUAAUGAGGACCACCUGGCUGUCCAUAAACACAAACAUGAAAUGACGCUGAAGUUUGGACCCGCUAGAACUGACUCAGUCAUCAUUGCAGACCAGACGCCGACUCCCACUCGUUUCCUGAAAAACUGUGAAGAGGUGGGCCUGUUCAAUGAGCUGGCCAGCUCAUUCGAGCAGGAGUUCCCUAAGGCCCAGGAAGAUGAGGACAAGAGGGCCAAGAACCCGUUGCCUGCUCCUAAUUCAGGAGCACUUGACAUGAGUUUGCAGACGCCUUCAGACAUUAAGGUGAAGGAGGAGGACCCCGUGGAGGUGGACUCUUCUCCGCCUGCCAGCCCUGACUCCAUCUCCAGCAUGUCAGACAGCAGCAAAGAGCCCGUCAGCAGAGGAAAGGAUUCUCCUCCAAAGCCUGCCGUCAGUUCGGCUCCCACCCCUGCCAUAGUGCGUCCUGGCUACCUCCCACUGCACCUGGGUUAUGACGGCCUGCAGCCCACCAUGCCCUCCCCUACCUCUGUCAUCACACACACCCCACCAUCCAACCGCACACUGGGAUCUCCAACAGUGCCGUACCCAAUGAUGAUGCUUCCCAAUGGUCAAACAUUUCCUGUGCUUCCAGGUCCUAUGCAGAUGCCCUCUGUAAUAUCUCUGGUGAGGCCCUUGUGUAUGGUGCCCAACAUUCCAGGAAUUCCCGGCCCUCCACUAGGGGGCAGCAGUAGCGGCUCAUCUUCACCCUCAGGCUAUAACCCCCACAAUGAGGCAAAGAUGAGGUUGAAGGCAGCAUUAUCUCAGCAGAUGCCCACAGCUCAGGGUUGCCUUGGUGUGGCGAUGGGGUCCAGUGCGAUGGUCCCUCAGAGAGUGGAGCAAAGCCAGCUGCUGGUCCAGCAUCCAGACGCCCCAUCCCCUGCUCAGCCACAGGUGUCACCCGCUCAGCCCACCGGAGGUCGCAGGCGGAGGACGACUGAUGACGACCCUGAUGAGAGGAGGCAGCGCUUCCUGGAGCGGAACCGGGCAGCAGCUUCUCGUUGCAGACAGAAACGCAAGAUAUGGGUCGGCUCUCUGGAGAAGAAGGCUGAAGAACUCACCUCCAUCAACGUCUCGCUGUCGAACGAGGUGUCUCAUCUGCGAAACGAAGUUGCUCAUCUGAAGCAGUUGCUGUUAGCCCACAAAGACUGUCCCGUCACCAACCUCCAAAAGAAAGCCGUCUACUUGGGAGAGGAGCAUAUGAAAGAGACGUCUGAGCCCACAGGCUCCCCGGCACCGGUCAUUCAGCACAGCUCUCUGGCCCCCAGCCCCUCGUCCGCGGUAGGCCCCAACGGCCUGAACUCCCGCGCCGCAGCCGAGGCGGUGGCCAUGUCAGUGCUGGCGGGGAUGGGCAGCCAGCGAGGGGAGAGCGGCGGGCCAUCGCACAUCAUCAUGGCCACACAGUCCCACCCAUCCAACAGAUGAUGAGAGCAGGUAACAGUCUGCCUGGGACUCUCCGCAUCCCGGGAGAGAGGGGCAGAUCUGCGAGAGGAGAAUGCUGGUUCCCUCUCACGCCAUCACGCUCAGGCCUGGAGCUCAGCUGCAUUCUGGGAAUGAAACUGGGACUAUGUACACAUAUAGAGAGAGACCGAAGGAGAUUGUCGUUCACUAUGCCAUAGACUAAGGGGGCUGGACUCCAAACCAUGCUCUCAUUUGCAUUCUCUGUAACUCCUGCUACUUCCUUCAACUUCCUCCUGCUCCUCCACUGGCUAUAGGGCUGCAAAGCACUUCCUGUCAUUAAACGUAUUCCCACAGACACACGCUGCAAUAAAGACAUUGUUUGUUUGAACCGUGACUCGGUGUAUGUCACACAUGCAGGCUGCGUCUCAGAGUUGCAACGAUGCAAUACUUUAUAUAUUUUUAUAUAUAUAUAUAUAUAUAUAUAUAUAUAUAUAUAUGUAUGUAUCAGUAAGUGUGUGUUUGAGAGAAACAUGAUGCUUUAAUGUUCUGUAGGAUCUUCUACCUUGCUAUUUUAGAGCAGAUUUUUAGUUUUGAAGUGGCCAUCCCCCUCAUCUGACCCUCGCUCAUCUUACCUCAUUUUUAACCUGUUAUAUACGUUUAUAAUUGACGUGUGCAUGUGUGCUUCUCGUGUGGGUGUACAGUGAUGUAUAAUGGAAAAUAGCAGUUUGUGAAGGACUGAUACACUAAGACUGCCUUGCUAGCAUGCAAACUUUUUGCUAUAUAAAAACUGUAUUGUAUUGGCACAUUGCGUUCAGUUUGGGCUAUGGAACCUCAUAGUUUGGUCCUAUCGUUGUUUGCUUGUGUACGACAAACUCAGAAACAGCAAACAGCAUACUGUCCGAGGUCAUUAUGUAUGAUUCAUUUUAAUCAGGACCCUUGUCUUGAGAAAUCGAUAUAUUUACUGUUUUAAAUCAUGCCGUUUCCUUUCCCUGUGAUCACAGUGUUUUAAAUGCAGCUUUAGAUUGAGUUAUGUUGGCUAUUACGAGUUAAGUCUCCUAAAGUAGUCCGAGACUUUUUUUGCCCUUGUCUUUUUCUUUUUUUAUUAUUAGUUAUUGUCUAUCCCUGCUGCUGUGUUCUUUAUGGAAUCCCAUUUCUGCUACAUAAGAGAAAAAAAAACAUGCUUUGGUAAAUAAUUAUUAGAUAAAACGUCAGUAUUAUUAGAUACUAAGUCAAUAUGAGAUAAAACAUCAAAAGUAUGACAUACUAAGUAUGACAUGCAUAAUUAUGAGAUUAAAAAGUAGACAAUGGAGCAUAAACGUCAUAAUGAUGUAAAGAUCAUA